GCACAGGGAGGGGAGGGACAAGAGCCGGGCAGCAGAGAGCAGCAAUUAUAACACCACCCCCACCCCCCUUCACCUCCAAAUCUUGCAUUUAGCAAGGAAACUCAGCUGUAAGGACAGUGCGGGUCGGGGGCUAUGCUAGAAGAGCUGCUGGGAAGGCUGGGCUUGAGAUUUUUGUACAGAAAUACACACGAACCGCUCUCCAGCAGGGAGUUUCUUGGGAGUUUUCCGUCCUGCCUAGUUUUGCGCAUGCAGGCGUUGCACUCGUUCCUGCGUGUCUGCCCAGUCCCAAAGCGCUUUAGCAGAGGGGUUUAUGGGCAUUCUGUUGCAACUCCCAAGACCAGGAUGGGAUUGUGUCUGUGAAGGGGGUAGAACCUGGUCAGCAACUGGAGCAGCAGGGAGAUACAUUUCCUUAUGAGCAAAGGAGAAAGUGAAACAAAACAGUGCAAAAGCGAGAGCUCCAGGGGAGAAAGAAAAUGGAAGAGAAUCCAAGCGUGGAUAUGUCUGGAGCUGGGCCAGCUCCAGAUGAGGUGGAGAGCACAGCAGAGCGCCCUGUGCACCAAGAGUCCACCCGAGAAACACUUGAGCACCAAGUGACAAGCAGGUGGCCUGAGACCUCCUGCAAACCAGAGGAGGACUCUUUAGCACGUAAGUCACCAGCUGCUGAUGGAGAAGAGACAGCACUGUCAGAGUCAGCUGGCCCCACAGAAGAGGAGAAGGUUCCCCAGGAAACUGAAAUAUCACUGGAACAAUCUGGGAAGACAAGAGAUGGUGUCUCAGAAAGACCCCAGGAAGACGACAAUUUAUAUGAAGCUAGGCUGGCCCAGGAUAAAAUGGACAGCAAAGGAGACAGCCCUGAUCACCAGGAAACACAGGAGGACCAGGAGACAAACAAGCAGUGUGAAAGCUCCUACACAGCAGAGGAAGAUGCUCCAUCAAGAAGGAAGUCACUGAGCUCUGACAGUAAAAUGACAUAUUUGGAUGUGGCUGCCACAGAAGAUGUCACCAAGGGCCUCUUGACAGAGAAGAGCACUGGUGCCCCUCUCCUAGAUCAGGAGCCAGAAGAGCACACAGAGCAAGAAACACAGGAGAGCAAAUUCCAAGGCAUGUUAAGGAACAGACAUGGGACCAAAGGGCACACAGCCCCAGAGCCAGAAGUUCAGUCCUGCUUGCAGAACGCUACCAUCCAAAACACAGAUCAGGAGAAGGCCAAAGAGUCCCACUGGCUGAAAGGUGAGGAAAAGAAGCUUCCCUUGCUUGUUAUUCAUCGACCAGAAGGCAUUGAUCCUCCAGGAACAAGGCUUUUCUUCAUGAGCCUCAUAUUGGUUGGCUUCUUCAUAUUCUGCUUUGGCAACCCGGCCUCCAAGUCCCAGCAAGCCCCCAGGAACCCCACGGUGGAGGCGUUCCUGUCCCAGUUCAACCAGUUGCAGGACAGGUUUCCGGGGCAGAGUCCCCACCUGUGGGUUCGUGGGCGUAAGCUCCUGCAGAAGCACCUCAAUGCAUCCCACCACACGCAGCCAGCCAUCAUCAUCCUCACAGCCUCCCACAAGGGUGAGCAGACCUUGCGAUGCCUUAGCACCCGCAUGGCUGACACCUACUCAGCCGCUCUGCAUGCCAGCACGGUCCAUAUCGAUGGCACAGAUAAAUCCAGGCUCCAGAGUGACCAGGCCAAGCUGGAGGUGGACUCAGAGCUGAGCUCUGCUUUCCAGGCUGGGGGCCGUGCUGCAGUGAUACACCACUUCGAACUGCUGCCAGCAGGGGCCACCCUUAUCUUCUACAAGUACUGUGACCAUGAAAGCGCUGCUUUCAAGGACGUGGCCCUGCUGCUGACCGUGCUGCUAGAGGAGGAAAUACUGGAGACACACAUCAGCCUCCAGCAGGUGGAAGAGAGGGUCCGUGACUUCCUCUGGGCCAAGUUCACCAAGACCAGGACUCCCGGCUCCUAUGACCACAUGGACUCUGACAAGCUGAGUGGGCUGUGGAGCCGCAUCUCCCACUUGGUCCUACCGAUCCACCCAGUGCAGACCAUUGAGAAGGGGGGCUGCCGUGUCCACACCAAACCUUAGGGGCAAAGGCUGCCAGAGCCCUGGGAAGGAUUGGAAAGAUGGUCCUGGCUGACUGGUGCAGGUGGAGACACAGCCAGUGCUAUUUCUCUUCAGUUUGUUUCUUGUAUCUUCCUGGGAAGAGUCUGACAGGUACAAGUUGAUCCAGGCCACUUAUCCCGCUGAGUCCUGGAGGUGACAGAUCACAUGCUUCCUUCUGGCAGAUGGGAAGAAUGGGUGCUUUAGACUGCUAAUCACGCAAGAGGACAUAGCUGUGUAGGGCGGCAGGAGAGAAAACAGGACUUUGCAGGUAGCGUUUCUAUCAGGAAAUACACAAAUAACAUACACCACUAGUAUGCCAGAAGACACUUCAGCUCAGUAGCUCUUUCAUUUAUGCCUGCCCCUCAGUUUGCUAAUAUGGUAUAUACAUCAGUCACACAAUAUGCUUUAUUUAGAAGUUUUAUCUCUCUUUGCAGAGAGACGCUGGAACACAGGAAGGUCAAAUUCCCCAAAGCCCAACAUUUUGAAGGCGUGCUUCAAAGAGAAAACCAGUUUGUUACUCAAGGGUUUGAUCAGUCAGUCCUGAUAGAGUCACACUUACACAGACUAAAUGACACCCAGCAAAGACCAGAUCCUAACUUUGUAGUUCAGAAACCCCCUAAACAUCAAUCAUAAUAAGUUACAGGUUGUCAGCACAUGACUACUGCUCUAAAGGAGGAGGGAAUCCCAUAUGUCAAAGAAUAAGCUCCAGAGACAGAGAGCAAUGAAACAGAAACCACCUCAAGGAAUUGCACAGGUGAAAAAAUGAGUAAUACAGUUUAACUUAAUACUACCUCUUUAAAAAAAGUCCACUCUUGAUCUUUUUGCCACUACAAGGCUAUGACCAUCUCUUUGGGCUGAUGCACCUGCUUUGGUCCUACCCUGAUCUCUCACCUGUGUGUAGGGCAGGAAGCUUCCUGCCUGCCUCUCCCCAGCCUACUUUCAUUGAUGAACGUAGAUGUUAACAUUGAUAUUUAUUUCAAACCAUGUAGGGGAGCACAGCAGGUCAUUGCCCUCCAAGGGUACAUUUGCCUUGCUGCCUGGCAGCUGGUGGCUCUGGCGUAUGCUAAAGCAACUAGGAGCAGAGCUGGGAUUAGCUAGUAAAAACAAAAAUAUCUGGUGUUGACACUAAAAGUCCUCAACAAAGCAGGUUGCUUUCUUACCACAUCUCUUCUGCAUCCCAGAAAGAGAACUCUGAGUCCUAGGAACACUAUGGUACCCCUGCCUACUGUGUUUCUGCAGAUGCUUGGAGGUAGAGCAACCAUCUCAAGAAUCACCUAGGGGGUAGGUGCAGAUUACAGCAUUUAUAAUAACCCAGCAGUCAGCCCCAGGUGUCAGCCCCUGUGCUGAUGGUGCUGUCUGCUGGAGAAGGAGCAGCUGUAGCAGAGUACAGCUCAUUCCCAUAUAAGCAGCACAGACUGGGACCUUCCAGAGUUAGGCUCCUGUGACUGGGUGAGGCACAAAUUGAGAAUAUGAUGGUGUUUUUACAAGCAAUGUUAUCUGCAUGUUCCUUACAGCAACUGGACCCUGAUGUUGGCUAGGUAUCCUGCCAACAGUGCCUUGCUUAUCUGCCCCACUGAUGGCUCAGCUGAGGUACCGUCCUGCACCCUAAAAUCACAGCCUGUCUUUUCUUCCCUCCUGUUGUGUGCCUUGUCCUGUCUCAGGAGAUUUGUGUAACUUGGAGAAGGGGACAAAGGAAGAGGAGGGGGUUAUUUGUUCACAUUCCAAUCAAAAAGAGACUUUUUGGUUGGUUGGGGACAUGAAGACAAGACCACAGGUUUUAACUGUGACAAACACUGGGCUAGAUGUGAGAAUUAUCUGCUGCAGCUCAGCAUCAGCAGGGCAGCCCAGGGCAUGGUUUUGUAGAAGAUAAGGGUUACUUCCUCCCCUCCCUCCUUUUUAUUGCUAUACACUACUUUGGUAAUGGAAAACACUGUUUUUGCUCUGCAGAGUGCAGCAUGGGUGUUGGUGUAAGAGCCAGCAGAGCAUUAAUCAUUUUAUGUCAGUAUCUUGAGGGAAAUCUGUAUUUUAACAUUAUCUCACUCAGUUUUAUGUACUGUGUUUGUAAUGCAUAGCUAAGGUAUGCAAGGGCAACUUCACACUGCUUGGGCACAUUCCUGUAAGCAUCAUCCACCCCAGCUUUUCUAAUACAGAGAUAUUUUUAUGACCUUUUAAAGACAAAAUAUCUGCUUGCUUCUGAAACAAGACUUCUAUUUAAAAAUAAAGAAUGUGAUUG